AUGACUCAGACCAACGCCGGAGCUUCAACCGGAGCCGCCGCGACGACGACGGAGCUUCCUCCUCCUCCUCAGCCGCAGAGAAACGAGAUGGUGUUGCACACGGGAAGCUUGAGCUUCAGCAGCCACAUGUCGAGAGAAGACGAGGAGAUGACUCGUUCUGCUCUCUCUGCUUUUAGGGCUAAAGAGGAUGAGAUUGAGAAGAGGAGGAUGGAGGUUCGUGAACGGAUCCAGGCUCAGUUGGGUCGGGUCGAGGAAGAAACCCGACGACUCUCCACCCUUCGCGAGGAGCUUGAGUCUAUGCCAGAUCCUAUGAGGAAGGAAGUAUCUGUGGUACGUAAGAAGAUUGAUAGUGUUAACAAAGAACUCAAACCUUUAGGUUCCACUGUUCAAAAGAAGGAAAGGGAAUACAAAGAAGCGCUUGAUACAUUCAACGAGAAGAACAGGGAGAAAGUGCAGCUGAUCACCAAACUCAUGGAGAUGGAACAGUUGGUAGGAGAAAGCGAGAAGUUGAGGAUGAAGAAGUUGGAGGAGCUGAGCAAGAGCAUUGAAGAAACCGUGUGAAUGUGGUUUAUGAUACUAAUUGGGUUUAGGAUCGGCUUGGUUCUUUGUGUGGUGUACCUACCUAGCUUUUACAUUUUUUUCUCUUCAUUUUGUAACAUGUGUGAUUGUGGGUGAUUUUUAUCUUGUUAGUUUUGAAAAAUCUUUGGGGGCUGGUUUGUAAAAUUUGUGGGUUGUCUUAUUUUUUGAUUAACCAAGUUAGGGAGUGUGAAAUGGGAGAUUCUUUAGGUUACUGAAACUCAUCACAGUGAAUUUGUUUUUCAUUA